GCCGGCAGGCAGGCUGGUGGCGCGCAGCCGGUGGCGGGGGGGUGGCAGGAAGGGGUCGGUCAUGGAUGCCAGCGCGUUGGAGUUGGACGCGGUGAAGUUCGCGCAGUUGGCGGUGCAGCGGGACCAGAGCGGGCGCUACCAGGAGGCCGUCUUCUAUUACAAGGAAGCCGCGCAAGCCUUGAUUUAUGCUGGCAUGGCAGGGUCAAGCUUGGAAAAUAUUCAAGAAAAAAUAAAUGAGUAUUUGGAGAGAGUUCAAGCUCUCCAUUCAGCAGUUCAGUCUCAGAACACAGACCCUCUGAAGUCAAAACAGCAGCUGGACUUGGAGCGUGCUCACUUCCUAGUUACACAGGCUUUUGAUGAAGAUGAUAAAGGCAAUGCAGAAGAAGCUAUAGAGUUGUACACGGAAGCGGUGGAGCUCUGUUUGAAAACAGCUACCGAAACUUCAGAAGCAGGCCUGCAGGCAAAACUGAAACAACUGGCUCGGCAAGCAUUAGAUAGAGCAGAAGCAUUGAAAGUAUCGAUGUCAAAGUCAUCUCACAAGGAGAAGUCAACUGCUGCUAAACCAAAUCAGCCUGUCAGAACAUUCUUUCCACUGGGUCCUGAUUUUUCUUUGAAUGAUAAACCACAGACAAUCAGAGCAGUACAAGCUAGUGAGUCUCAAGGUCAGAGGUACACUGCAGAGGAGAUUGAAGUACUCAGAAAGACUUCAAAAAUUAAUGGCAUUGAAUAUGUCCCUUUCAUGAGCGUUGAUCUGAGGGAACGUUUUGCCUUCCCUAUGCCAUUUUCUGAUAAAUGUGGGAAGUUGCCAUUAUCCCCCAAACAGAAAGCAAUGUUUGCCAAGUGGGUACGGCCAGAUGACAUAACAAAUAACCCUACCAUGAUUUACACUGUAUCAAGUUUCAGCAUAAAGCAGACAAUAGUGUCAGAUUGUUCCUUUGUGGCAUCGCUUGCUAUCAGUGCUGCGUAUGAAAGAAGAUAUAACAAAAAGUUGAUUACAAGUAUCAUUUACCCUCAGAAUAAGAAAGGAGAACCAGAGUAUAAUCCAUGUGGCAAAUACAUGGUGAAACUUCAUAUCAAUGGUGUACCUAGAAAGGUGAUCAUAGAUGACCAAUUACCUGUUGAUCAUAAUGGGGAACUUCUCUGCUCUUAUUCUAAUAAUAAGAAUGAAUUGUGGGUAUCGCUAAUAGAAAAGGCUUACAUGAAGGUCAUGGGAGGAUAUGAUUUUCCUGGAUCAAAUUCUAACAUCGAUCUCCAUGCGCUGACUGGUUGGAUACCUGAAAGAAUUGCUAUGCACUCUGACAAUCAAGCUUUUGAUAGAGAUAGCACUUUCAGAAUGCUCUAUCAGAGGUUUCAUAAAGGAGAUGUCCUUAUCACAACAGCAACAGGCGUGAUGUCUGAAGAGGAAGGAGAAAAAUGGGGUUUAGUUCCAACCCAUGCCUAUGCAGUCUUGGAUAUAAGAGAACAUAAGGGGCUUAGAUUCCUCCAGCUGAAAAAUCCAUGGAGCCACUUACGUUGGAAGGGACGAUACAGUGAAAACGAUACAAGAAGUUGGACCCCAGAUUUACAAAAAUACUUGAACUUUGAUCCAAGAACAGCUCAGAAAAUAGACAAUGGGAUUUUCUGGAUUGCCUGGGAGGACUUGUGCCAGUACUAUGAUGUUAUUUAUUUGAGUUGGAACCCAGGUCUUUUUAAAGAAUCUACAUGUAUUCACAGUACUUGGGAUGCAAAGCAAGGCCCAGUGAAGGAUGCCUACAGCCUGGCCAACAACCCGCAGUACAAGCUGGAGGUGCAGUGCCCACAGGGUGGAGCUGUGGUCUGGGUGCUGCUGAGUAGACACAUCACAGAUAAGGAUGACUUUGCACAUAAUAGGGAAUUUAUUACUAUGGUUGUAUACAAGACUGAUGGCAAAAAAGUUUACUAUCCAGCUGAUCCUCUUCCAUAUAUUGAUGGCAUUCGGAUCAACAGUCCUCAUUAUCUGACCAAGAUAAAGCUGACCUCUCCAGGGACCCAUACGUUUACGUUAGUGGUGUCUCAGUAUGAGAAACAAAACACUAUCCAUUACACCAUCAGGGUGUAUUCCUUGUGCAAGUUUACCUUUUCCAAGAUUCCUACACCUUACACCACUUCCAAACGGGUUAAUGGACAGUGGAAAGGUCACAGUGCUGGAGGAUGUGGAAACUUCAGAGACAGCUACAAAAAUAACCCUAUCUAUCAAUUCCAGCUGGACAAGAGCGGACCAUUACUAAUUGAGCUGCGUGGACCAAGGCAGUACAGUGUUGGGUUUGAAAUUGUCACUGUGUCAACAGUAGGAGAUCCUGGUUCCUAUGGCUUUCAGAAGAAGAGCAGCGGGGACUACAGGUGUGGAUUUUGCUACCUGGAAGUGGAGAACAUCCUUGCUGGAGUCUACAACAUUAUCCCCACCACAUUCCUGCCUCAACAAGAGGGUCCUUUUUUCUUAGAUUUUAAUAGCACUUCUCCACUGAGGGUAUCGCAGCUUCAGUGAGGAGACAGACCCAGACAUAGCUGCUUAAGGACUAUUUUUGAAUUGCCCUACAGUCUCAGAAAGGUGAAUAACUUAUUGCAGAUAUGCAUAAAAUAAAAUUGCAUCCUAAGUUAUAGCCAAGAACACAAUUACCAAUUUGGCAAUUGAUUGUGACAAAAAAUUAGAUGUGGUUUUUGCUGCUAUAGUAUUGGUGUAAGCACUGUUCAGCAGGCUUGUGAACAAGCUGAAGUGUUACAUCCAGACAAACUGGAAGAACAUAAUGUAAUUUGUUGCAGUUUUUCUACAAUUCAAAUCAAAAUCUAGUGAGUUCAGAGAAAAACUAACACUGAAAUUCUCUUCUCCUAAAGUACAAAGUCUAUGGGUUGAAGAUUUUAUUCUGAAAUGUAAAAAUGUAAGAAAAAUAUUCUUGUGUAUUCUACUUAUUCAUUCUCAGGCCCAAAUAUGUAGUAAAUACCAUUUAUAUUGCUGCCUUGAAUGUUUACAGCAUUGAAGCACUUCUCACAUUUGAGUUCACUACUGCUGAGCACAUAUUCCAGACUGCCACUAUCACGUUCAGCUUAUCUCAAGUAUGUACAUAGGAGUAAAAGAUAAGGAAGACCCCAGCUUUAGCUACUUCUAAAAAAGCAAAAGAUUAGCAAAAGAUUCACCCUUAUUACCUGUUAUUUUGUAUUACUUUAGUGCACAUCACAGCACAAGGUAGAUAUGGCUUUCUUACUACAAGCUGCCAGACCCUGCCUGCUGGGAAUCAGCAUUGAGAGGGGGAAGGUAACCAACAGCAGUGAGCAGAGCACGCCCUUCACAUGGCAGGGGGAAAGAUUUUCAUCCAGAGGUGAGCUGUGAGAUUCUCUGCACCUACCAAAGUAGCCUCAUUUGCUGGUGCUGCUGGAGAGUGAACUACCCACCAUCAGCGCUCUAGCAAGGAGAUGUUUUAUCCUUGUUACUUUUACAAGUAUGGGGCUCAUAGGAGAAGGAUCAUUUAAUCCUCCUCCCUUCCUGAACUACAUCUGCUAGGUGGGGAUUUACUGCUCCUAUUAUAGAAGAUCUCUCUUCUGGAAGGCACCUUUUGCUUCUAAAUUGAAACUGAUUUAAAACAGCGUACAGUUGGCCAGUGGCAGCAGAAACAGGGUUAAAAUUCUUAAGAAAGCAUUGGAAUUAGGAUUACUCCAGGAAAAAAAAAUUUAGCCUAUCAGAUAUACACACAUACAAUAUCCAAAGAGGAUUAAAGGUAACUGUAUUUUCCUUCUUAAUUCAAAUACUAAAUGAUCUUAAUUAUGUGGGUUUUUUUCCUUGAACAACAGACAGAACUGCAUGUGACAGUUGUGGAAAAGGGUGCUUUUAAAGCUACCACAGGAAGCUCUUAGCUCUUCCACUUUGGCAAGUUUUCAAGCAACAAGGUGGUAUUUUCAGAACAUAAGUGCCACUUGUUUGUUAGGAAACUGAGCAUGUGCUACAGGAGAACUAGAAAUACCUGGGGGUAAAAUUACUCCCUCAGAAGUCUCUUUGCCCUCCCCAGAAAGUCUGAGCUCCUUCUUUCUUCAUCUCUAUCGUGACACAGCUGCUUAACAAACGUCUGGCUUUCAAAGGACAGUGAGUUCACAUGCCUUCUUGGACUGCAGUUUCUCAGAGACCAUCUGGGCCUUGUGCUGAGCUUGUCACUAGUGACUUACCUUCUUUUGCAGCAUAUCAACACAGGGAACAGCAUGGGCAUAAGCUGAGCAAAAACCCAUUAGGUUCUUUGUAGUUAUCCUGGGCUUCCGGGUGCAGUCGGUUGUGCCAAGGGCUGUUCCUCCCUACAAAAUUUAAACUUUGUUUGCUUACGUGUUCCCUGUAAACAUGUGCUAUUUGUUUAGCUCAGGUUAAACCAAAGCUGUGGUCCUGCAGUAUUUUAUCACCUGUGACAUCUAAACUUUCAAAAUUACAAAAGGCAGAGGACAGAACUGCCAACCUUCAGCACUAAGCUGUUGCCUCUCCCCACCUGUUGAGAUCAAGCUGAUAGACCACAGUAAAAGCCAGUUCUUUUCUGUACUAGGGUUCUGUUCUAUAGAAAGGGUUUUUUCUAUUUAUUUCUUCCUCCUCCAAGCACAUGCUUGGAGCAAAGCUUAUGUUGGAAGAAACAAGCAUAUAAGGCUCAGCGAGAAAAGCUGUAUCUACCAGACAGCAAUGCUUCUUACACACAGUACAAUCAGUGGAUGGGGCUUAUGCCUCUAAGGGGACAGGAUUGAAGUUUGAUAUUGCUGUCCUUUUAAUGCAAGUCUUAUUCAAACACUGCACCAACAUGGUUAGUGGAAUAUCACUGUUUACAAAAUGCUCAAGUGCAGUGUUUCAAAGGAAAUAGAAAAUAUUCUUGUAACACUCUACAGUGUCUGCCAUUUCUGCUUGUAACAAAUUCCUCUUAUGGUAUUUUCUUGUCUCUUUUUUUCUUACAGAAAUUGCUCACAUAAGUACUUCUGUUUUCCUUUGAUCUGUCAUACAUAGUUCUAUUAUUUUUUUUUCCCAAAUCUGGAAAAAUGAGUGGAGAAUGAACUGCUCCUUCAAUUACAGCACAGCCUCAGCUGAAGACAUAGGUUAUUCUAUUCUUUCCCUAACCUUGUUGCUAUGAUUACACCACAGCAUAUUUUUAUUUUUUUUUAUCUCUAAUGACAGAAUAUUAGAUACUGAGUUAAGAUUGGAAAGGUUGUCCAGUUAAGACUUCCAGAAAGGAGCAUGGACUGUAGGGAGGGGGGAACUGAAAGAGCUGCACAGCCACAGCUUAUGUUGUGGGUAGGGGGCAAGGUACAUUGCCCACAUCACUUUCAGCUUGAUAUGUAUAACCCUCAACUCUUCUCUGCUUUUUAAACAUGAAAAUACAAAAUUCACCAAUAAGCAUACUUCACUCUAUGAGUGCACAAUACGUGACAACUGAAAACUGACCAAGCUGCAAAACAAGGCAGCCAAAUACCAAUGAAAGCUGGUUGUUGUGAGGAGCUCUAAGAGGAUUUGCACUUUCUUUGAUUCACUGAGGAAAGAUUACAGCAAAUAGAUGAUUUUAAGUUCUCUGUCACUGGUGCUAAGGGACAACUGGAGAACCUUCUUCAGAAGUUUUAACAUUCUCCACGCUUAUACACUGAGAAGGCUUUUCAGUAUUUUGGUUUGGGGUUUUUGUUUUAAAUCUUACCUUAGAGCUCCAUACAAGACCCUAUGUGCUGCUGUUGAUAUCUCAGGGUGAGUCACCCCCCUUCCAGCACAGGCAUCUCUGAUUGUUGUGUUGGGAAUGCAUGGGUCUGAUUCUGAAGGACUCAUCCCAUCAAUUUUCCAAGGCUUUCUGCAAUUCAGUACAUGGAUGAAUGGUAACAACACUUCCUAUUGCAUCUGCCUCACGAGUCUGAGUUUCAGUCCUACUUUCCUCAUGCAAGUUUCACUGAACUGUUUUGUACAGUAAUUACACAGUUGACCAUGCAAACUAUGAAGUGUUGGAACAACCAGCUGCUUAGAAUUAAAUCUAUGUACAGAACCAUAGAAGUUUUCAUCACUUAGUCAAACAAGAACAUAUUAAAUUGUGUGAUAAUGCCAAAGAGUAGAAGAAUUCCUACAUUAACUUGCUUUAUACAUUCUUACUGCUCACAAAUACUUUGAUACACCAGAGGCUUAUUUUUUAUACCCAUGAAGGCAGCUACUAUCACAUUACAUAUCAGGAUACUGUAAAGCUGUAAAGAUUCCAACAGAAAAGUAACUGGAAGAAGCUCAUUGAUUUGCCUGUACUCCCCAGUGAUGUCUGUUCAUUUAAGUCUGUCAUAUUUAUAAUUACAGCUUUUACAGAGUUUAAAAUAAAAUGAGUUUUCCAUUAAUUUAAUAGA